GCUCCGCGCUGGGACUGGUUCCUUCGCAGCCAUUUUCUGUCCAACCAAACAGCCGAUUUGCGGAGGGAGCCAACCAGGGCCGCACUGGAGAUGGACGGUGACAGUUCUACAACAGAUGCUUCUCAGUUAGGAAUUGCUGGAGAUUACAUUGGUGGUAGUCACUUUGUAAUACAGCCUCAUGAUGACACGGAGGACAGUAUGAAUGAUCAUGAAGACACAAAUGGCUCAAAAGAGAGUUUUAGAGAACAAGAUAUAUAUCUUCCAAUUGCAAAUGUGGCAAGGAUAAUGAAAAAUGCCAUACCCCAGACAGGAAAGAUUGCUAAAGAUGCAAAGGAGUGUGUGCAAGAGUGUGUAAGUGAAUUCAUCAGCUUUAUAACAUCUGAAGCAAGUGAGAGGUGUCAUCAAGAGAAACGAAAGACUAUCAAUGGAGAGGAUAUUCUCUUUGCCAUGUCUACCUUGGGAUUUGAUAGUUAUGUUGAACCUUUGAAGCUGUAUCUCCAAAAAUUCAGAGAGGCAAUGAAAGGAGAGAAAGGGAUUGGAGGAACAGUUACAACUGCAGACGGUCUUAGUGAGGAGCUCACAGAAGAAGCAUUUACUAACCAGUUGCCAGCAGGUUUAAUAACUACAGAUGGCCAGCAGCAAAAUGUUAUGGUUUAUACAACAUCUUAUCAACAGAUCUCUGGUGUUCAACAAAUUCAGUUCUCAUGAUUUGAAGAAGGCUUUGGAUUUGGGAAUGGAAGAGAGACAAGAAAGCUGUACAACUUGUGAGAGGAGACGUUAGUUUAAAAUGACAGAGGAGAGAGUUGUCUCUUUGUACAUUAAAUAACUGUAAUGUAGCUACCUGAGGCUUGACUAAUGGAGGUGUGAAUUCUGACAAAUCUUUUUUCAUGAAUUUUAAAAAAAUUGGAUUUUAAGGGUAUUAAAGUAUUUUUGUUUUGUACAAGAGUUUGUUGCUCUGUAUAACUCCUGUAUGCAUUGUAUAUUGCAAUUUAUUACUGUCAGAGAUUUGUAGACAGUUUCUUAUUUUCAUAUUGAAUCAUGUUACUUUUGUAAUUCAAGUAAACAGCUGAGUUUAAUUCAUGUUUACCCUUUGAAUAAAAUAAGGGUAAAGUUCAUUUUGAAUGCAAGUUGCCUUUAUUAUAAAAUUUGAAUUGUUCUUGGUAAUGUAAAUUGUCUUGCAUGUCUUAACUAGAUUUUUAAUGUUGACAUAUUUAUUGAAAAUUUGAAAGGGAUUUUUUUUAUGAAACUCUAGCAGCUCAAAAGAAUUGUUAGAAUUGUUUUUUAAUGUAACGUUAGAACUUAAUGUUAAUCCAGAAGCAAACAAUUGUUAGAUCUGUUGAAAUUUAGAUAUUUGGUGCCCAUCAACAGUGUUUACUAUAAUGCAAUAGUUUUUAUUUGAGAUAGCUACUACAGGCAUUCAUUAGGCUACUUUUACAAUUAUAUUAACUUAAUAACUCUGUACAGACUUCUGAAGAAUAAUUUGUUAAAUUUAAAGUAGUCUUAGAGCUAUUGAAAUUAUAUGCUUUCCUUUUAUGCAUGGUUUUUGGAAAGCCAAAUCCUAAAAUUUAACUGUUUCCUCAAGUGUUAUAGGAGGAUUUUAUAGUCCUGUGGUAAAUGACCUCAAUUUAACUUUUUAAACUGAAAUAUUACAAGGUUUGGUUUCCUGUAAGACUCUGGGAACUCUCAAAUGUUUCAGAAAUAGUGUGUACAGAGUGUGUGUUUGUGUGCGCGUGUGUGUACACGCAUAUGCAUGUGCGAGUGACUGAAAUGUGAAUAGGUGAUAAAAAUCUGAAAUGAAAGACAAACUUCUAGUUUGCUGUCUCCUUCCUGAUUUUGCAAUAAAAUGUACCUAGAUAAUGUAAUUUUGUAUAUUUAGUGAGCUGUUUAGUAACAUUGCUGGCUGGUUUGUUUUUUAAAUAAUUGGGUGAGUAAUCUUGUUAGAUACUUCAGUGUCCUAGACUGUGUUGGUGUCAGGGUGGUAGUGUACUAGCAUCCCUGUUAUUCAGGCUGAGUUCGGAGCCUUUUAAUAUUUCUAUUUGCAUUUCAGUGAGCUGAAAGUUAGAUUAACCCUCACUCUGCCACCCAUCUCUUUUUUAACUUAAAAAGAAAAACAAACCUUUGACCUGGUGCCAUAGUUUUCCUGGAGGCUAUUUUGGAAAUGUGAUGUUUAAAACCUUAAUGGACUAGAUAAUCUGGGUUAAAACAAAACAACCAAAAAAAUGAAAUUUCAGAAUUAUGUGCGGUAUGUGGCCAGAAGUCUUGGUGUAUCUUUCUUUGGUAACUGAAAUAAUGUCAUAAUUUAAAUGUAGGUUAACAAUAUGCCAAGGCAAGCCACUGGACAAGGUCCACUGUAUUCUGUGGCAAGGUGGACGUAUCUUCUGUAGCAGUGUUCUCAGGUGCUGUGGCAGUCUGGUGUCAUUUUUGCAGCAACAAUAAUCGCUAAACUUACUUAAGUUUUUCAUUAAAUAUGAGAUUAAUAACACAAGCAGUACAGGAGCCCUGUAUGUUUUAUGUUCAAUUUAUUUUAGACCAGUCCCAUAUUUCCAGUUCUUGAUGUGCAGAAUUUGGUACUGAAAAAGGGUAACGUUUAAAGUGUGAGGGACAAGCCAGAGGUUUUGGCAGCUGGGGAGUACACAGAAAGGAUCUUGGACUUCUAGGAAAAGCUCAUUAGUUGGAUAGUGUUGAUUACAUAUUUCAAUGCUGAUAUUUAAUCUCUUUAACUUUACUCUGAAACCUAAGAUGACAAGUCUCUUUGAGAUGAAUGGAGCAGUUCACACACGUGUGCUAUUCUUUCUGAAGUCAAGAAGACAACACUGCAGCAUUGCACACAGGCUGCAUAUUUUUAGGGUUACGUCUUCAAAGAUGAGGGAUGGAUUUAAUUUAUUUUAAAUUAAAGCUUAGAUUCUAGAGCACAGCUCUGGCAAGGGAUGAAUUCAAUGGUGUUGAAACACAUGGGACCAUUCCUAUAGAGAGAGAGGUUUUCUCUCUCUUCCCCAAUAUUUUCUCUCUUCCCCAGCUCCCUUCCAUUUAAAACAAACAAACA